GUGCUUUCGAUCUCUUCGCUCCCGUCGCCGGAUCUCUAACUAAGCUCCGUCUCACAACCUCCGCCUCAACCAAAGAUUCGCGGAGGAGCCAAUUUCGAUUUUCGCCGGAAAUUGAAUUUUAGGAGAUUAUGGCUACAACGACGACAACGAGCAGUGUGUAUAUCCACGUCAUCGAGGACGUCGUUAGCAAAGUCCGUGAGGAGUUUGUUAACAACGGAGGUCCCGGCGAGAGUGUUCUCAGUGAGCUUCAAGGAAUUUGGGAGACAAAGAUGAUGCAAGCUGGAGUCUUGUCUGGACCAAUUGAAAGGUCAUCGGCUCAGAGGCCGACACCUGGAGGUCCGUUGACUCAUGAUCUGAAUGUUCCUUAUGAAGGUACAGAGGAGUAUGAAACUCCCACUGCUGAAAUGCUCUUCCCUCCUACACCGUUGCAGACUCCUCUUCCGACGCCGCUUCCUGGUACGGCUGAUAACUCUUCAAUGUAUAAUAUACCUACUGGGUCAAGUGAUUAUCCAACUCCUGGAACUGAGAAUGGAAGUCAUGCUGAUGUUAAAGCAAGACCUAGUCCUUAUAUGCAACCGCCUUCUCCGUGGACAAAUCCAAGGCUUGAUGUCAAUGUUGCUUAUGUGGAUGGACGUGAUGAGCCUGAGAGAGGAAACCCUAAUCAGCAUUUUACGCAGGACUUAUUUAUCCCAUCCUCUGGGAAACGGAAGCGUGAUGAUUCAUCUGCACAGUAUCAAAAUGGUGGAUCUAUACCACAACAGGAUGGUGCAAACGAUGAUAUGCCUAUGGUGAACCUUGAGGGUAAUUCACUCUGCAUAACAUUUGUUGGCGAUAAAAAGGUCUCACGAGAUGUCAUCUCCUCAUCUUCAAAGAUACCUCAAGUGGAUGGUCCAAUGCCUGACCCUUAUGAUGAAAUGUUGUCCACUCCAAAUAUUUACAGCUAUCAAGGACCAAGUGAAGAAUUCAACGAGGGAAGAACUCCUGCUCCAAACGAGAUCCAAACGAGCACUCCGGUUACUGCACAAAACGAUAUCAUUGAAGAUGACGAAGAGCUGUUGAACGAAGAUGAUGACGAUGACGAGCUUGAUGACUUAGAGAGUGGUGAGGAUAUGAACACACAACAUCUGGUUUUGGCUCAGUUUGACAAGGUGACUCGGACAAAGAGCAGGUGGAAGUGCAAUCUGAAAGAUGGAAUCAUGCAUAUAAACGAUAAGGACAUCCUCUUCAACAAAGUACUAAGUUUCCUCCCCGCAGUUAAGAUUGGUAAUGAUAAUACUGACAUUUGCUUGUCUACUUUUUUUUUUCAGGCGCUUGGGGAGUUUGACUUCUGAUCUUUGACAAUUUUAGAGAAGUCAGUCCUUCAUUGUCCAGUGUGUUUAUUUUUAUCUUAUGAUUUUAGACAAACAUCUAUGGGAAAGUACUUUGGUUGGCUUGUUGCUCUAUAAGACAUUCUCCAGCAUUUUUGUUUGGUUUCUCUUACUGUUGAGAGCAGGAACAAUGUAAUAGGUAGCAUCUCUAGAAUAUAAUUGCAAGCUUGAUCACCAAUGCCUCAUGGAGAUGAAAUUAAAAGAUUAUACCCUAGUU